AUGGCAGACGUCGCAUCCCUCUUCUCCCUACAGGGCAAAACCGCCCUCGUGACCGGCGGAACCCGCGGCAUCGGCGCCGCAAUGGCCAUUGCACUCGCAGAGGCCGGGGCAGACAUCAUCCUCGUCCAGCGAGACACGCGCAACACAACAACCCACGACGCCAUCACAAGCCUCGGCCGAAAAGCCACCAUCCACGCCGCCGAACUCUCCGACCGCGCCGCCGUAAAGGCCAUAAUCCCCACCCUCGUCUCGCAAGGCCACACGCCCACAAUCCUGCUCAACUGCGCGGGGAUCCAACGCCGGCACCCGUCGGAAAAGUUCCCCGACGAAGACUGGGACGAGGUGUUGAACGUCAACCUGACCAGCGUCUUCACGCUCUGCCGCGAAUUCGGCGCUUAUAUCCUGUCCCGUCCGGACGAGUCCUUCGCGCCGAAUAGGAAGAAGGGGUCUAUUAUCAACGUUGCCUCGCUGCUGUCGUACCAGGGUGGCAUUACGGUCCCCGCGUAUGCGGCGAGUAAGGGGGGCAUUGCGCAGCUUACGAAGGCGCUGAGCAAUGAGUGGGUUGGGAAGGGGAUUAACGUCAAUGCUAUUGCGCCGGGGUAUAUUGAUACGGAUAUGAAUGUUGCGUUGAUCAACGACAGUAAUCGGAAUGCGGGGAUUAUGGCGCGGAUUCCAGCGGGGAGGUGGGGGAGGCCCGAGGACUUUAAGGGGCCGGUUGUGUUUCUGGCGAGUGAGGCGAGUUCUUAUGUUAGUGGGGAGCUUGUUACGGUUGAUGGGGGGUGGAUGGGGCGGUAG